CGUGAUUUUUGCUCUUGAUAUCUUUUCAAUUGAUCUAAAUUGUCACUACGCAUAACCAAUCCAAAUCGAAAGGAUAGUUAUGUACCUCCCUACUUUGACACGUACCACCCCAUACAAUAAACAGGCGGUCGCAACACGAGGGAGAGAUUUAAGGACGUAUGUUUUGUCCAAAGAAUCCGAUCACUCUUGGCACGAUUUUGACCUCGACGAAUCAUGGGGAUACGACGGACAAGGCUUCGAAUGUGCCGACUCCUUCCUCCUUCCAUCCUUCCAACCUUCCAUUCCUCACUCAUUAAUCUUCCAUGUUAUAAUGAUAUAAAAACCUAUAGUUAGUUCAACAUUUCAUCAGGUUUGAGCAACAGUGAAAGAACAUCACUAGCUCAGGAAGCUCAUUUUCUUCCUUCGCCAAUCAUUUCCAAUCAACGAUAGUAUAGUAACCAUCCAUCCCCAAAAGGAUAGACAAUCAAUAUAUGAAUAAUAAUAGUAAAAUGGUGUAUGCUCAAAGCGAACCCAAACGACCCCGUGAACAGUUGUCAGGCAAUGGGAUUAGAACGAGCAUGAAAUAUCACUCUCGGUCUCGAAGCUAAAAUUUGCUAGUGGAAUGGAGAGUUUAUCCAUCAACAAG